GGGGUACGUAAAUACUCCACCUUUACAUACAAGAGACGAAAAGAAGAAAAGUAGAGCUUCUGUCUACAGAGAUUCUGUUUACAACUUAUCUCUUAUAUCUUUCUAACUUUCAAUUCCUGGAUAUCGCAGGAAGAAACUACCUUUUAAUACCUAGCUAUAUACCGUCAAAAUGCCAGUGGAUUAUAGCAAGUGGGAUGCUCUGGAGCUCAGCGAUGACUCCGAUAUCGAGGUCCAUCCCAAUGUCGACAAACGCUCCUUCAUUCGCGCCAAGCAAAACCAAAUUCACAUGGAGCGACAGCAACGUAAGCUCCAGAUCGAAACGUUAAAAUACGAACGUCAAGUCAACGAUGGAUUAUUGAAGAGAAUAUCGAGCCUCUUAAACGCCCUGAAAGCUCAUGCCGCCGAGGCAGAGACCCGGAACCCUGCCGAGGUCGCUUUCCAAGCUGUCAUGGAGUCUGCCGGUAGACCAGAGGACGACAAGCCUCCCGCUCGACCAGAGGGUGUCCACGCGCAAGAAGAGCAGCCACCCACGUAUACUAAAAUGAUGGCGACUUUACUAGACCAAGUCAACAAGGAGCUCGACGAGAAGAAACCCGAGAACCGUUACAAUGCCAUGGUGGAUGAAAUCGGCGUACAUCUAAACAAGGUUCAGGAUUUACAACAGCAACUAUUAAGCAAGUUGGCAGAACUGGAGAAGGAAGAAAGCCGCAAGAUCACAAGCGAUAGCAUCCACACGGGGUUUGAUAGUUCACAUGUCACCAAGUCUACACCCUCUACAUCCGGGACAAAGAAAGCCGACGACACCAAAGUGGAGCUUCUUAACCCCGGCUUCUCGCAGUCUAAGCCGGAGGAGUCGAAGUCUUCAACCACAGAAGACGACGAUGACAAGGAGAUCACUGCAUCGCCUGAUGCUCAAAAGUUCGCUAAAAUAAAGGCGUCUGAUUAUCGAGAAAGCCAUUCCUUCAUUGGUGCACACCCACACAUCUUAACCGAGAAGGAAACCGACGGUAUCCUAAUCAUGGCAUUUGAUGCCCAGCUGGAAGGGAAGGAUGAUUUCGCACGACAAUGCGUCCACCAAGCUCUCCUGUUGCAGUAUUGUCGCGCGUUAGGUAAGGACGGCGUCGCGCUCUUCUUUAAACGAAUCACUACCAAAGGUCACCAAGCGCAAGACGUCUUCUAUAAGGAUGUACAAGAUACGUACUAUAGGAUCAAGAACCGUGCGGCUGAAAUUAAUGCCCAGCGAGAGGCUGAAGGUGGAUCUGGAGAAGGAGUGGAACAGAUCCAAUUGCACGCUGUGGAGCCGGGUACCGAAAUCAAGAUUAGGAUCCCAUCUGAGAAAGGAGAGGACGAAGCCGAGAAGAAAGGUCGCGAGAUUUUCGAAGGAUUCACCCCGGAAAUGCAAAAGGCCUUGGAGUCUGGUAGUUUGGAUAAGGUGAACGAAGUGCUGGGCAAGUUGAAGGUCGAAGAUGCUGAGGAAAUCGUUGCCCUUCUUAGCGAAGCUGGAAUCCUAAGCGUAGAGGAACAAAUAAUAGAUGCCACUACGGAGGCAGGACAAAAACAUCUGAAAGAGAUGGAAGAACAAGCGGCACUGGAGUCGUAUGCGGACGAUCCGGAGUAAUCGUGUCACCUUGGCUAUAUCUUGGCAGCGAGGCAGGUUUUUGAUAACGAAAAGCAUGAGGACGUGAUAAGCUCAAGGUAAAACUUGAUGCCUGCGGGAUUAUUGUGACUGUAACGGUAAGCAUACGGGCGGACUGGCUAGGAAUACCAAUAUAGUUUAAUAGAGGUAGUUAUUUGGAUUGUGAUGUGUUACUGCUCGCUCCCUUGACAUAUGAUACUUUUUGAUAUAUUUCUUAAGGACGGUAGAAUGACCUUAUAUGAUUUAAUAACCCCCUUUGAGUUUACUUGAGACUUAGCCUGGAGAUACUGUACAACACGUUUUAUAUUACUAGGAUAAACCACAACAAAUGUCAACACCCACUCCGGAUUAUAUUUGUCUU